AUGGAGGAGAACUUGACCCACCUGCUGGACGGAAGGGUCUCUGAGGACGUGUCGGUGGGUUACAUGCCAUCAACACCUAACUCCUCUGCAGCCUAUGAGUACGGCUUCUACCCAGAACUGGACAUCAACUGUGACUUUGAAAAUAUUCCAGCAUUUGCAUCUACCUUUUUUCCAGUCCUGUACUCCCUGUUGUUCGUGAUUGGUCUUGUGGGAAAUGCUUUGGUCGUUUGGGUCCUAACAGUCUUCAAGCAAGUCAGGGCAAUGACUGAUGUGUAUCUGCUGAACCUCGCCAUCUCUGACCUCCUCUUUGUUUUCUCCCUCCCCUUCUUGGUUCAGUACUCAAUCAGGAGCCAAUGGACUUUCGGAAAUGUGAUGUGUAAAAUCAUCAGCUCAGCUUACUUCAUUGGUUUCUAUAGCAGUGUCUUCUUCAUAACCAUCAUGAGUGUCGACAGGUACUUGGCCAUUGUCCGGUCUGUCUACGCUCUACAGGUUCGGACAACCACCCAUGGGGUUGUCACCAGCCUGGCCCUUUGGGCAGUCGCCAUUUUAGCAUCAGCCCCAGACUUCAUUUUUUUCCAGGCAAUGAAUGACAAUAACCAGACUAAGUGCCUCCCUCACUAUCCCGACAGCAGCAAUGGCUGGAAGACUUUCAGUAAUUUUGAAGUCAAUGUCCUGGGGUGGCUGAUCCCUGUGGGUGUCCUCAUUUUCUGCUACUACAGCAUCUUGAAAAACCUGCAGAAGUGCCAUACUCAAAACAAGUACAAAGCAAUGAAACUGGUGUUUAUUGUUGUCAUUGUGUUCUUCCUCUUCUGGACCCCUAUCAACGUUGUGCUUUUUCUGGACUCUCUGAAGAACAUGUACAUUAUUGACGACUGCCAGACAAGCCAAAGGCUAGACUUAGCCAUGGAGCUGGCUGAGGCACUGUCCUUUGUCCAUUGCUGCCUCAACCCGGUCAUCUAUGCCUUCGUGGGUGAGAAGUUCAAGAAGCAUCUUCAUGAAGCUUUCAGAAGAUACGCACGUUUUCUGUUGAUCUGCAAAGACUACAGUGGUUUUGAUCGUUGCGGCCUGGACAAGCAUUCCUCUGUGCACGCAACGUCUUCACAGUCAUCUUUUGUUGACACCAUCUUGUAGAGCUACAAGUGAAAAACUUUCAUCCUGAACAGGUGACCUGAAGUUGAGAAAUUGUCCCAGCAGGACAUCCACAAGGAUGCAUGGUUUGGACAGCCUUUUAGGACAGGAAUCAUAGAAUGGGUAAGGUUGGAAGGGACUUUAAAGACCAUUGAGUUCCAAUCCCCCUGCCCUGGGCAGG